GCGAGCGAGCAUCUCGUUUGUGACAAUACGAGUACUCUCACACGAGAGUGGACUUUAAUCGCGGUCCAAUCUGUUUAACUUUCCACACUCUAUAUAAGUGACCAAAGCAAGAUGAUAAUAAUUCACUAGAAAUAAGCGCGAUCGCAAACAACUUUUGUUCAUUCUUCCAUGUCGGUGUAAAGUGAACACGUCUCACCAUGGAAGUUGUAAUGCACGAAGCGGCCAACCCGACGGAGGAAAGUGAGAGUGUUAAAUAUAACAGUGCGGAAAAAUCAGUGACUUUGAUGCAAGAGGAAGAAAGUGGUACUUUUUCCAGACCGCCCCAGCAAACCAUCGACUUACAGUUCGAAGAUAUCAAAUACACGGCCUCUUUGGGGUUUAGAAAAGGUACUAAGGAAAUCCUCCAUGGAGUCAAUGGGAAAUUUCCCCCAGGCCAGCUCAUCGCAAUUAUGGGCCCGUCAGGGGCUGGUAAAAGUACCCUCCUUGACAUCCUCAGCGGGUACCGCAUCCGUGGCGUAUCUGGCACAGUUUAUGCCAACGGUUUUCCCCGAAACUUGAAAGCGUUUCGCAAGUCGUCUUGCUACAUCCAGCAAGACGACCGGCUCCAACCCCUCUUGACCACAGCGGAGAACAUGCAAAUCGCCGCCGAUCUCAAACUAGGCCCUGAAGUUUCGCAACGGGAGAAGACCGAAACGAUUGAAGAAAUUUUGAAAUGGUUGGGAUUGAGCAAGACGAUGAACACGAAGGCGGCGGGGUUGUCCGGAGGCCAGAAGAAGCGGCUGUCCAUCGCUUUGGAGCUUAUAAAUAACCCAACUGUUAUGUUUCUUGAUGAGCCAACAACCGGUUUGGACAGCUCUUCCUGUUCCCAAUGCAUCAAACUGCUCAAGGAUUUGGCGCGCCAAGGGAGGACCAUCGUGUGUACCAUCCAUCAACCAUCGGCCUCCCUUUUCCAGCUAUUCGACCAAGUCUACGUACUGGCCGCUGGGCGGUGUUUGUACCAAGGCAGUACCACAAAUCUAGUCCCGUUUCUGAACGACGUCAAGUACCCAUGUCCACAAUACCAUAACCCAGCCGAUUUUGUCAUCGAAUUGGCGUGCGAAGAGUACGGGCCUGAAAUAAUCGACACCAUGGUCGCAACCACCGAGAACGGCAGUUCGGUGGCGUACUUCGACAAAGAAGUAGUACCAACAUUGAAACGACCAAUCGCUGGAGGCAAUUCGGCGAAAACAUCCUCCGAUGAUGAAUCCGGGUUACAAGCGACCAGUUCGUACAAUCAGUUGAAAGUGUUGUUACGAAGGGGAUACAUUAAGACAAAACGUGAUCAGACUUUGACGUAUAUGCGGCUCAUGGUCAAUGCUUCUGUUGGUCUAAUGUUGGGAACGUUGUACUGGCAGGCGGGGUCAGAUGGUACCAAAGUUUUAGAUAAUUAUAAUUUGCUCUUCUCCAUACUUAUGCAUCACAUGAUGUCCACGAUGAUGCUCACCAUAUUGACAUUUCCCAACGAAAUGUCCAUUUUGAUAAAAGAGCACUUCAACCGGUGGUACUCCCUCAAAAUGUAUUACACUUCAGUAACCCUAGUCGACAUUCCAGUUUCGAUCGCAUGUUGUGCCCUCUUUUCGACAAUAAUUUACUACAUGACCGGACAACCCCUUGACAAACAACGCUUUAUGAUGUUUUUCGUCAUAAGUAUGCUCGUAGUUUUCGUGGCCCAAAGUUUCGGCUUAAUGGUUGGUGCCGUCUUCAAUGUUGUUAACGGCACAUUUUUGGGGCCCACUCUCUCCGUUCCUAUGAUGAUGUUUGCCGGGUUUGGGGUCACACUUCGAGACCUCCCUGCAUAUCUAUAUUGGGGGAGUUAUAUUUCGUAUCUGAGAUACGGACUUGAAGGGAUUGUUGGGGCGAUUUACGGGCUUGAAAGGGAGACGAUUUGGUGUCCAGACGAUGCCUACUGUCAUUAUAAAUACCCGAAGAAACUGCUUGAGGAUAUUGCAAUGAAGGGCGACCAGUUUGGAAACGAUGUAAUCGCACUGGUUCUCAUUUUGUUCUUUUUGAGGAUCGUUGCGUACGUUCUUCUGCGGUACAAGUUAAUGGCGGUUCGCUGAUUUAGCUCUAAGUUAUUUAUUUGUGUAAGGCUGUGUUAUUUUAUUUUUAUAUUUAUUAAAUGUGUGUUGAAUUAAACCAAAUAUUUUUUAGAAUCGUA